CAUGGCGUUCGCGGAGGAGACGCUGAGGGAACCACUGCGCAAGUAUAAGUUCAGAGACCUGACCAUAGAAGAACUAAAGAAUGUUAGCAAGACCUACCCAAACUUCACAUUCUCCAUGAACACAUACACCUUCAAGGAUGGAUCCCAGAAGGACCUCCUGAAUUUUAGUGGUACUGUUCCAGUGAAAUAUGGUAAUUCCUAUAACAUACCUAUUCAUCUGUGGAUUCUGGAUUCUCAUCCCUUUGCUCCCCCCAUUUGCUUCUUGAAGCCGACUGUGAACAUGGGCAUUUCAGUGGGAAAGCAUGUUGAUGCUCAUGGCAGGAUUUAUUUGCCCUACCUGCAGAACUGGAGCCAUCCUAAAUCAACUGUCAUUGGAUUAAUCAAGGAAAUGAUUGCAAAAUUUGAGGAAGAGCUCCCUUUGUAUUCACUGUCAUCUUCUGAUGCAGCCAGGCAAACGGAACUUCUCUCCUACAUUGCAAAGAUUACUGAAGGAGAGACUGACAUGAAAUCAAAGAGUAAAAUUGGUGGAGGUAAAAAUGAAGGAUGUUUUAACAAAGUUACUGUUGUUGGAGCUGGAGAUCUUGGCAUUGCAUGUGUGCUAGCAGUUGCAGCAAAGGGUGCUGCAGACAAGGUGGUUCUUUUGGAUCUUUCUGAAGGUGCAGCAAAAGGAGGGACCAUGGACUUGGAGAUCUUUGCUCUGCCAAAUGUGGAGAUCAGCAAAGAUUUUUCUGCUUCAGCUGAUUCAAAAGUUGUGGUACUUACAGUUAAUUCUCUGGGUAAUGCUCAGACUUAUCUUGAUGUCAUACAAAGCAAUGUGGAUUUGUUCAGAGGAAUUAUCCCAGCAAUAUCACACUACAGUCAGAACGCUGUUCUCCUUGUUGCUUCUCAUCCAGUUGAAGUGAUGACAUAUGUGUCGUGGAAGCUGAGCGCGUUUCCCAAAAGCAGAGUUAUUGGAGUAGGUGCCAACCUAGAUACUGAGAGAUUUCAGUAUAUACUGACAAACCUUUUGAAAGCAGAGGUACUGGCAAAAAAUGCUUGGAUUAUUGGUGAACAAGGGGAAGACAAAGUACCAUCAUGGACCAGUUGUAACUUAGUUGUGAAUCAAACAGAAGCAAUGGCUCCUUGUAACUCAAAGGAAAAGGUGGCUAACAGAGCUAUGGAAGUUCUAAAGGGAAAAGGUCAGAGAUCCUGGUCUGUUGGGCUCUCAGUUGCUGAUUUGACUGACAGUAUACUGAAAGAUAAAAGGAAGGUUCAUUCUGUAUCCACUCUGGCAAAGGGAUGUUGCAAUGUAAACAGUGAAGUAUUCUUAAGUCUACCAUGUAUUCUUGGAACCAAUGGAGUGAUUGAAAUGGUCAAACUAGAAGAAGAUCCACUAGUGCAAGAGAAACUGCAAAGCAGUGCAGGAUCAAUUCAUGACCUUCAGCAGCAACUGGAAGUGUAAGCAAGCACGAGGGAAGGCACAGUGUCUGCCCAGAAAAGUCGAAG